AUGGUUCUGAUGGAAGUGUCAGAUUUGCUUACACAUGCUGGGUAUCCAAACCCUCACAGGUGUUCGGAGGAGAUGCGCGAGGAAGCGCUGCGGAAGUCGCAGGCGGAAGGACCUCCUUGCUUUAGCAAAGAAGAUGUGGAUGUUGAGGACCCUGAACAUGAACACAAGUUGAUGGCAGCGGAAGCAGCUAAGGCAGCUGAUGCCGCGGUCGCCGCAGCACCUGAAGACCAGGUGCUGAGUAAGCAGGUGUUGUGGCAAAAGGCCUUCAUCGCUGAAAUGGCGAACCAAAGCAAUUUGAAGCUUCCGCCGCAGGCUGAGGUCGAAGAUUCUGAGUCGCAGACUUCUGAAGAUCAAAUGGAGGUGCUUCAAAGACUUUUGGAGACUGUGACUCCUUGUGCUUCGACAUAUCCGGUGACAGUGACUCAGGCCACAGAUCGACAGCGAGUCGAGGGGAAGGCCGACCAUUGGACACCUUUGAAGGGAAGCCAGCUCGUUGUCAAGCCAGCGAAUGAAGAGGAUUGUAUUCUGUUGGUGGCAAAUAUGCUCAUUACGCCUGAAUCCGACAGAGAGGAAUCCCAUGUACUUCUGAGACGAGAUGACAGGGCUAUUUCUUCGUUCUUCUCAUCGUACAGCAGGCAAAGAUCCUGGAGUCAUCAUAUCUGCCUUCCUUGGCUGGAUCAGCCACUGAAACGAGGUGAAUUUGAAUACCAGGUGGUUGGCAAUGCUGGGAGGGAAGGAUCCCACUAUUUUGUGGGAGAGAAGAAGGAACGGAGGCAGCUUUUCAGUCUUGUGUUGGAGGCCUUCCAGGUUUCAUGGGUUGAAGAUGAUGAAGUGCUAAGUCUUCCUCCUGGGCCAUGGCAAGAUGUGAAUGGAUUACACGAGGUAGUCACUACAUUGCCUGGAGAGAAAGUUUUGGUGCUGUGCACUCUGCACUACGUGGCAAAUUGGUCAAGCGAACUCAAUCGAGGUCGCUUCACCGUAGUUCGCGAUGACCUGGGCCUCGAUGGUUUAGCAGACAGAGGACUGCAGUCAGUGAGAGCGCUUGGACCAAGCCAGCCGCGCACGCUCCUGAUGGCUACUGUGGAUGAACCUCCACCUGGACCUCAUUUGUAUCGUGUCAGAGCUGCUUUGACAACCGAUGAGGAGUCGGGAGUCUCGUUGACAUUGCAAGGUGAACGCCAGUUGGCUCUUAUUCGCCUGCCUAGCGGAACAGGGCCUGUGCGGCCCACUGAGCCCGUGGAGAUUCAUGAUGCAACAUGGGCUGAAAUACCUGGGAUGGCCGCAAGCUGCAGCUUGAGGAGACCUAGAGAUCGCGUGCUGUUGGUGUAUCACAUUGACUGCAACCCUCUCAGCUACUUCUAUGAAGCUCACUUCACGAUUUUCCGUAGAAAGGAAGGUGCGGUUUCUGCCCAGAACCUGGGUUUCUCGGAGGAGUUUGGUCUUGACAUGGUUUUCUCUGACUAUGGAGCUUCGAGUGAAUACCCUGUUGGCCUUUUGGUCGAUACCCCUGGGUCACAAGGCCCUUGGACGUACUACAUGGCUGCUCGGGUAGCCAAUCUUGGUACUAGUACGGAGAACCCGCCAGUAGUUGUAGGUUACUCAGGUGCCUUGUUUGCUAUGACUUUGCCAUCGAGGUAA